AUGGCCGUAUGCAUAUAUAUGUUGUUACAUGAACUCAAAAACUACCUGAACUAUAUCAGAGGUAAGGGGAUUAAAGAAUGGAUUUAUAGGUCAUCAAAAAGUAACCCUGAGAUGUCUGCCACAGAUCAAUGUCGAUCCGCAGGAGUAUGUCUAAAUUACAAAGCAUCAGACAUCUAUAUUCAGGGCAAUAGUCGGCGUGCAAAAAAUGAAAAGUCGUCAACGGGAUUUGUCAAUAAUGUUUAUCGUGGCUAUUCAAUAAACGGCAACAAGUUGUCAGACGGAUUGGAUUAUGGUUACAUGUCAGUAAAUGAUAAUUUAUAUAUCAAUAUAUCAUCUCCUACAGCUGUAAUUACAUUAAAACGUGAUGUCGGUGUUCAGUGGAACGUUAGUGAUAUUGCUGAUGGUUCAUAUGAAAUCCCUAAAUUUUCAAAACGUCAUAAUUAUUAUUGUCUUAAAAAAUCAGUCAAAACAGAAGUUGACGGUAUUCAAAAUAAAAUAUUCGUCCCGGAAAUAACGGGUUCGCAGUUCAAACGCAUUGUAAAAGAAAAACUUACAAAAGAAGUUAGAGUCGCUAAAUGCAAUGUGUCUUCAUUACCUAAUUUUGCGCCCAAUUACGGUAACUGCGAUAAAGCCAUUGAGAAAAACGUCGAAUGUCAUCUCGAUAAAAAGGCGAUGAGAACAGAUUACACGGGUAGAUUGUGGAGCAGCGAGAAUUGCAAACGUUCACCUGAAAUUAAAAAAUCCGGACUUAGUCCUGGUUUUGUACGACAACUAAUCAAAAAAUUUGAUGUCUAUAUAGAUAAUGUGGAACGGCAAUGUCCGAAACGCAAACCGUUAUAG